AAACCGUAAUGGCCGUAUUCUCUUGGAGGAAGAUACGUGAUUCGUGAACAUUGUCGAUUGACAAAAAGUCCUGCAACGUUUAAUCAUCCUUCGAUAUUUCAUCCGAAGUAAUCUACGUGUUGCCUGUUUACAGUCUACUUGUAUGACAAUUGUAGAUUCCGCGUCUCACGUUCGUCAGUAUAUCAGCCGUGCUACGAUCUACCUUCCUCGGCUCGCAGACACACCAUUGUCGUGCGUAUAAUGGCCGAUGUGGAACGAAAAAGGUUGACCGAGCUCAGAGUUAUAGACCUGAAGAUGGAGUUGGAGCGCCGUGGUCUGGAUAAAUCCGGCAAUAAGGCAAUGCUCUUGGAACGGCUCGCACAGGCAAUAACGGGUGAAGGAGAAGAUCCUGAGGAAUAUCUUAUUGUACCAUCCGGUGGACUAUCUGUCUGUAAAACACCUUUGAAGAAAAACAGUGGAGUUUUAAUCCAGGAAGAAUUUACCGAGUAUACAGAGAGUUACAAGGAAGAAAAUGUUGAUGAGCAAGAUAAUACAGAAGCAGUUAAGACAGAAGCAAUUAAGACAGAACCAAAGGAUGUGACGGAAGAAUGUAUCAAAGUAUUUAAGAAUGAGAAAGAGGAAUUGUCAUUUGGAGACAAGAAUAAUUUCUCUAAAGAGGCACAUGCAACCAAAGCUACCAGCGAAAGUACGCAGAAGAAUGACGUGGAGAGGACAAGCGCCGCGAAUCAAUCUUCGAACGCGACCGUCGAAGCUAAUGGAAUUGACAAUGAGGACUCGAUCAAUUUAACCAUUGGAGAGGAUGAGGAAAAUCUCCUGGUUGAGGAGACCGAAUCUCACGAGCGGCACAAGGAUGGUGGAGAGAAGAAGAAAAUGGAAGAAAACAGCAAGAAGGGAGACUCGAAAGGAAGCAGCGGUAGAGCAGAAGCUGGCGGCGGCGGCAAGGAAGGGACUACCGCAUCUGGCGCGAACGUCGGGAUGAAGAGCAAGCAGGACGGUGGAGACGGAAGCAAGAGCGUGGACGCUGCCAACAAAAACCCGAAGAGAGAGGAGAGAGCAUACGCCACCAUCCAUUUCGUGGACAGGAAGAUACCGCCCAACACUACCAACGCCAGCAGUCGCAAUCUAUGGGUCUCCGGCCUGUCCUCCUGCACUCGCGCCACCGAUUUGAAGCAGAUCUUCUCGAAAUACGGCAAAGUCAUCGGCGCGAAGGUCGUCACUAACGCUCGAACUCCAGGAGCGAGAUGCUACGGCUACGUGACCAUGUCCACCAGCGAGGACGCGACCAAGUGCAUACAGCAUCUGCACAGGACAGAGCUUCACGGGCGCGUCAUCUCCGUGGAGAAGGCGAAAGGGGAUACGCAGCAGAGCCAUGUGCGUAAACGAGAUACCGUGAACGGCAAAUCGGAGAAGAAGGAAGAGAAAGAGAAGCCGAAGGAGCAUGAUUUGAACGAGCGCAAAGAGAAGGAAGUGAAAAAGGAAACCGAAGAGAAAGCGUCAGAUACUGCGAAAAAAACCGACGACAAGAGCGAGAGUACUGAGUGCAAGAAAGUAGAAGCGCAAGAGAAAAAGGAGGACUCGUGCAAGGAGUCUGAUUCUCGAUCAACCAAGUCUACCAGCAAGAAGCCGGAAAGCGAGAGAGGUAGACGAGAGGAGAAACGAUUUCGCACCUGCGACAGAGAUCACCGAUCUUACAGCCGGUCCAGGAGUCGCGAGAGACGGAGGCGCGAUGAGGUCCUCACAUUUGCGAAGAUAAGGGAAGAACGCGAGCGGCAGAGGUUACGCGAGAGGGAACGGAUGUUGCGCGAAGAGGAGCGUAGAAGAGAGGAUCGCCAGCGAGAAAUAGAACGUAGACAGCGGGAGGAGGAGGCGCGACUGGAGAGAGAACGGGAGAAGCUGAGACGCGAGAGAGAGCGGAUCGAGCACGAGAAGGCCGAGCUUCUGCGACUCGAGCGGGAACGGCAGAAGCUCGAGAGAGAGAAACUCGAGCGCGAGAGGAUAGAACUGAAGAGACAGCAGAUGCGCUUGGAGGAAAGCAGGCGUGCGCCACCGCCGCCGUCUAUAAAGAGAACGUCCAGCGACAGGAGAGAUCCGCGGGAUCUGUACGUGGAGCCUGAGAGGAAACGGAUGUCGACGGAGCACAGUCGCAGACACAGUCCAGACAGAGUGUCCGAUAGGCGGAACGAGAUGAUGGAUCGCGUGACGGACAGACGAUUGGACCCUUCGCCGCCGCCUUCGCGAUACGAGUCCAGCAGAUCUGCUCAGGACCUGGCGCUGAAGAAGGAGUUCAAACGAAGCAGCGAGUUUUCGUCGAGAAGUAGCCGACCGGAAAGCUUUUCUGAUGUCUCCCGUGGCAGAGAAGUCAUCGUACGUCGAGAAAGCUUGUCUAGUACGUCGUCAUCCAUCGACCCGCGGCAGGUGAAGGAAAGAUACGAACGUCCAAGCAGCACAACCUACUCUCGUGAACGCGAAGUGCGACGUUCCGAGCCCGAAGCGCACCGAAGUUCCAGGGACAGUCACACGCGAUACAACGAAACCUUCAAGCCUCCGGGUUCUAGUACGCCACGUGAGAGUCGUUACGUGGAGAGCAAUCGUACACCGAGCGGCUGGCAUUCAGGCCCGACAUCCUCCAAGUCCUUCAACUCGGUGACGAGCAGCGGAUCGCGUGAUCCCCGAAAUGAGCCUUCCAGCUGGAGCUCAAGAUCAUCCGACAGCGUGAACAGAUGGAGCAACUCGAGCAGCAUGGGCAGCGCCCUGCGGCACCCGAUCCCGCCGACGUACCAGAGCGGGCCGAUCCAGUCGUUGGGACUGACCGCGCCGGGCACGGCUCCGUCGUACGAACGCUUCGACGCGUACAAAUCGUCCAUGCCGAUGAGGAAAUACUGAUCCGUUCGCUCGAGUUCGCGCGAUCGAGCGAGCUGUCCGUACGAGUAACCAACCGUACGUCGCCACGGGGCUGUCCUACAGAGCCCAGAGUCCUCUCGCGAGUUCAUCGCGCGGCGCGACUUUGAACGCCGGGAGCCGUCACAGGCGUCAUGAUGAUCUCGCGAACCUCACACAUACCCACCCACCCACCCAUCCACACACACACACACA